UCUUUCUUUCUUUCUUCCUUCCUUUCUCCUCUACAACCCUUCUUCCACACUUCCUCUUUCAUCGUUAAACCGUCAUGGCUAUGGUGGAUCCUGAUGUUUCCAAGGUGUCUAUCCUUGGCUCAGAGUCCAUUAUUCUCGGCUUCCACAUCACCGAAUACAUCAUUCGGGACGUCCUUACAUCUAUUCCCGCCUCCAACUAUGUACUUAUCACUGACACAAACCUUGCCCCGUUGUAUCUGUCAAACUACACCGAGUGCUUUAAGCGAGUCAGUCGCGAACUUGCCGAAAAGAAGGGCAGCGUCAAAGAGCCUCGUCUGUUCACGCGUGUCCUCCCUCCCGGUGAACUGACCAAAUCGCGCAAGACAAAGGAUGAGAUUGAGGACUGGCUGCUUUCCAAUGCCGUUACGCGCGACACUUGCUUCCUCGCCAUGGGUGGCGGUGUCAUUGGCGAUUUGAUCGGUUUCGUGGCAGCUACAUUUAUGCGCGGUGUGCCAUUUGUCCAAAUCCCAACAACUUUGCUCGCCAUGGUGGACUCGUCUAUUGGUGGCAAAACUGCUAUCGAUACCCCUGCUGGCAAGAAUUUGAUUGGUGCCUUUUGGCAGCCACAGCGUAUCUUUAUGGAUCUUGUUUUCCUGCAGUCGCUCCCCGAGCGUGAGUUUGCCAACGGUAUGGCUGAGGUCGUCAAGACUGCUGCUAUUUGGAACGAGUCCGAUUUCAUCAAGUUGGAAACGGGUGUCGAUGCCGUUCGUGAAGCCGUUUUGAACAACAAUCCUACAGUGCCACUGCAAGGCGCCAAAUUGGACACGCGCACGGAAGCACAGUCUUUGCUUUUGGAUGUUAUUCUGGCAUCCGCUCGUGUCAAGGCUGAAGUGGUAACGAAUGAUGAGCGUGAAGGCGGUUUGCGCGGCUUGCUCAAUUUUGGUCACUCAAUCGGUCAUGGCAUUGAAGCCCUGGUAUCCCCGUUGAUGCUUCAUGGUGAAUGCGUUUCGAUUGGUAUCAUGAAGGAGGCUGAGCUUUCACGAAACCUGGGCCAUCUCAGCCAGGUCGCCGUCGGACGUCUUGCACGCUGCCUGAGCUCGUACGGUCUUCCCAUCACGCUCGACGAAAAGAAGGUCAAGGAUCGCAUCGGCAACAUGCACUGCCACGUCGACGAUAUUAUGGAAGUGAUGAAGGUGGACAAGAAGAACCAGGGCGACAAGAAGCGCAUUGUGCUCCUUUCGGCAAUCGGCAACACCCUCGAAAAGCGUGCAUCAGUCGUGUCCGAUAUUGAUAUUUACAAGAUUCUUGCACCUGAGCAGCUUGUCCUGCCUGUAACGGAGUCUGCUACAGGCCCUCGCAAGGAAGUCUCCCUCACCACACCUGGCUCCAAAUCCAUCUCAAACAGAGCUUUGUUGAUUGCUGCUCUCGGUCAGGGCACCGUCCGUCUCACCAAUCUCUUGCACUCGGACGAUACGCAAUACAUGUUGGCUGCUCUCCAAAGCUUAAACGCAGCUGAUUUCGACUGGGAAGACAACGGCGAUACGCUAGUCGUGCAUGGCGGUGCUGGUCGUCUUUCUGUCCCUGAAAAAGAAGUUUACAUUGGCAAUGCAGGCACAGCUUCCCGCUUCUUGACUACAGUCCUCACCAUGAUCCCUAAGGCCGAAGAAGGAAACGCCAGCGCGGCUAUCUUGACAGGCAAUGCGCGUAUGAAGCAGAGACCUAUUGCACCUUUGCUGACUGCACUGACAGCCAGCGGUGCCAAUAUCAAGUCCACCGAAAAGGAAGGCUUCUUGCCCAUUGCUGUAACUCCCACUGGUGGUUUCAAAGGCGGCCGUAUCGAGCUGUCAGCAUCCAUUUCAUCGCAAUACGUCUCUUCCAUUCUUUUGUGCGCUCCCUACGCUGUUGAGCCUGUCGAAUUGGUUCUCGUUGGUGAUCAGGUGAUCUCACAACCUUAUAUCGACAUGACAAUUGCCAUGAUGGAGUCAUUUGGCGUGUCGGUCGAGAGACUGCCAAACAACACUUACAAGAUCCAGCAAACCUCGUACAAGAACCCCGAGCACUACAUUGUGGAGUCGGAUGCUAGCUCUGCCACAUAUCCCCUGGCUAUCGCUGCAAUCACCGGUACCACUUGCACUGUCACCAGUAUUGGAUCCAAUUCGUUGCAGGGCGAUGCAACCUUUGCCAUCAACGUCUUGCGCCCCAUGGGCUGUGUGGUCAAGCAAACUGAAACUUCCACAACAGUAACUGGUCCACCUAUCGGCCAGCUCAAACCAUUACCGACUAUUGACAUGGAAACGAUGACCGAUGCGUUCUUGACAGCUUCUGUACUGGCAGCAGUGACCUCAAAUCCUCAAGGAGAGAACAUCACUCGCAUCACCGGCAUCGCUAAUCAGCGUGUCAAGGAAUGCAACCGCAUUGCUGCUAUGGUCCACGAGCUGACCAAGUUCGGUGUCACUGCUUCUGAACUGCCCGACGGUAUCCAAAUUCAUGGAAAGCCAAUCAAGGAUCUCAAGCCGCCCAAGGAAGGUGUUCACUGCUAUGACGAUCAUCGUAUCGCCAUGAGUUUCUCGGUUCUUUCUAGCGUAGUACCCAGCGGUACCAUCAUCCAAGAGAAGAAGUGCGUCGAAAAGACAUGGCCCACAUGGUGGGACGACCUUGAAGGCAAAAUGGGUGUCCGUAUCAAUGGCGUCGAUCUCGGAAAGAAGAAGGGACAGGUUAGCAACGUGCUUGGACGUGCCAGCAACAGCGCCAACAAGAAGAUGGAUCAUCAGAAAUCAAUCGUCAUCAUCGGUAUGCGUGGUGUCGGCAAGACUACUCUCGGUCAACAUGCUGCCGAAACCCUCGGCUUUAACUUUGUGGAUGUCGACCAACAUUUUGAAAAGGUACAAAACAUCACCAUCUACGACUUUAUCCACACCUGGGGCUGGGAAAAGUUCCGAGUAAAGGAGGCCGAGACGCUACAAGAACUUUUGACGGAUCCCAAAUACCACCGCAACUACAUUAUCUCCUGUGGAGGAGGCAUUGUCGAGACCGCAGAUUCGCGUGCUGUUUUGAAGGAUCAUUGCCGCAACGGUGGAAAAGUGCUGCAUCUUGUACGUGAUAUGGAUCAAGUUUCCAGCUAUCUGAGCCGAGACCAAACUCGACCUAUGUAUGGUGAAGACAUGAUAGGCGUCUGGAAGCGACGACGAUCUUGGUACCGCGAAGCAUGCAACUAUGAGUUUGUUGCCUAUGCAGAAUCGUUGGUAGAAGGAGGAUGGGUGUCGCCCGGUGACUGGAUGGCCAUUAAAAAGGACCUGCAACGCUUCCUGUUCUUUGUUACUGGUCGGCAGACAAACCACGUUGAUCUAACUCCAGGACGCAUCGGUAUACCGACAACCUUUGUUGCUUUGACCAUGAAGGAUCUGGGGGCCCACCAGAGCCGUCUAGCCGAAAUUUGCGAAGGCGCAGAUGCUGUUGAACUGCGAGUGGAUCUUUUGCAGCAGCCUGAAGAUCAGCAGAACGACCUCAAGUCAUACAUCGAAUACGUUGGAGAGCAGCUGGCUAUUCUGCGGCGUUCAGUGCCAUUGCCUGUCGUGUUCACGGUCCGUAGCAAGGGUCAAGCUGGUACUUUCUCUGACAACGACGAAAAGGGCAUGUUUGACCUGCUUCGCUGGGGUCAGCGCUGGGGUUGCGAGUACGUAGACGUGGAAAUGUGCUGGUCCAACGCUGCCAUCGAGGAGUGUAUCGCAAACAAGGGUGAAAGCAAAAUUCUUGGUUCGUGGCACGACGUGCGCCGCCAGACACCAUGGGGCAGCACGGCAUUGGAAGCUCGCUACGACACGGCAGACAAAUAUGCAGAUAUCAUCAAGCUUGUCGGUGUCGCUACUUCGAUGCUGGACAAUAUCGCUCUCGAAGAGUACCGAAGCGACAAGGUCAAUGGAAAGCCAAUGAUUGCAAUCAACAUGGGUGCCGCUGGCCAGCUGUCGCGUGUUUUAAACGAAGUACUUACACCCACCACUCAUCCUGCUCUCCCACACGCUGCUGCUCCUGGCCAGCUCUCUCUCGCCGAAAUUAAUACCACCCGCCAUCUCCUUGGAUUGUUGCCUUUAAAGAAGUUCUGGCUCAUUGGCACACCAAUUCAGCACUCCAUGUCACCCACUCUCCAUAACACCGGCUUCAAUGCCUUGGGUCUUCCUCACAAAUACGGCUUGCUUGAGUGCCAUAUGGUCGAGUACGCAGAGGACGCUUUGCUCAAGGAUCCUGAAUUCGGUGGUGCUUCAAUUACUAUUCCUCACAAGGUCAAUAUCAUGAAGUAUCUCGAUCGCGUGCACGACAGCGCAAAGCUUAUUGGUGCCGUCAACACGGUGUUCGUUCGCUACGAAGAAGCAGAGGAUGGCACACGACAACGCAGGCUGAUCGGUGAGAAUACCGAUUAUCUUGGCAUUAUGCGGCGUAUGCAGCCACUCAUGUUGGACCCUACCAAGCCUCCUGAGCAAGGUCUUGUAUUGGGCAGCGGCGGAACUGCUCGUGCAGCUAUCUAUGCGUUGCAUAGCAUGGGUAUCAAGAAAAUCUAUCUCUGGAACCGCACGACAAGCAAGGCUUACGAGCUGCAAGAGGUGUUCAAAUCCCUUUGCGGCGUUAACGUGUUGGAAUCUUUGGAUGCCGCCAAGAUUGCACCAGGUGUGAUUGUAUCGACGGUACCUGCUGACAGUGGACUCGAGUUGCCAGAACAUGUGUAUGGCGGUGUCAAAGGCAUUAUCUGCGACAUGGCCUACAAGCCGCGUCGCACCAAGCUUUUGCUUCAAGCUGUGCGAAAGGGUUGGUCAUGCGUAGAAGGCAUUGAGGUCCUUGUUGAGCAAGGUCUUGCUCAAUUUGAAAUCUGGACAGGCAAAAGGGCACCUGCUCAGUGCAUUGAAGCAGAGGUUCUUCGAAAAUAUGAAUUGUGAUUUAAUGAUUUCUAGCAUCAAAUAAACAAGAGU